GUCAGAGUAGUGGAGCCACACGGUUCAGACGGGGCGCUCCGCAGCAAACGCAGCUGAAACGCGCAAAAGAAAGCACAGAAAAAGCUGAAAAAAAAUAUAUAAAAGUCAAGCAAAUAUUCUAAUAAAAUAUUUAAUUACAAAAAAAAAGUGUUUGAAGCAAAUGUAAAAAAAAAUCGAAGAAAUUUAGCAAUUGUGUUUAACGGUUAAAAUUCAGAGGCAUGCCAAAAUUAUGUAGAUACUUUCUGAGGCCUGAAGCCAUGUGCAGAGCAGCAGCAGCAGCACCAGCAGUGGAAGCACUGGCAAUGGGAAUGCCCAGCGGAUUUCUAUAAAAACGAAAAGAAGCAGAGGAAACGAGAAACCCAAAACCCAAAACCAAAUGUGCAUGAAAAUCCAGCGAAUGAAACAGUUUUUUGUAACCUUGAGCGCAACUGUGCUAAAGGCAACAACUGCUUAGUCAAUAACAACUCGAAGCACUCAAAAUACGACAGCAACAACAGGAGCAGCAGCAGCAGCAGCAGCAGCAGCAGCAGCAACACCAAUAAAAUACAACAGAAAUUAAAAUAGCAACCACACGGCCGUACAUCAUGGCGUAUGGGUAAUAUCUGAAUACGUAUGGCACGACAUAUGCAGUAAAUGUGCGAGGCAGCUGUGUUUAAAUAUUGCAUUAUGCACACACUGUGCGCUUCGUGUGUGUGCGUGUGCCACUGUGGCAUGCCACUUGCCUCUGCCACUGUCGCUGUGUGUGAUUGUGUGUGUGUGUGCGUGCGUGAGCAAGUUUGUCAAUGUGUUAUUGUUAGAGAUGGUGCCAAAUGAAAUAUUAAGCAAAUUAAUUCAUAGAAAUGCUCUAACUUGUAUUCAUGUGCCACUCGACAACAACAGCAACAACAACAAAAACAACAACAAGCAAUAACAACAACAACAGCAGCAUGUUCGAUGACGCAUUCUAGAGUAGGGCAGAAGGUUAAAUUACUACGGCAACAACAACGGCUACGGCUACGACAUCGUCUACGGCUACCGUCGAAAUUCGCCACGUACAGCGAUUCGGAUUCGGAGUCCGAAAAUAUUAAAACCCGAUACCAAUACCGAAUCGCAGCACGCAAGUUGGCGAUUUAUAGGCGUGCGACCAACUACAAUAAGCAUCUCCUGCUACUGCUGCUGCCGCUCCCGCGCCCGCUCCUGCCCCAGCCCCAGCCCCAACCACAGCCCCCCUCUAUGCAAUAGCUCAACAAAGUUCACCACCCACAAUAACAAAGAGGCCCAGCAAUAGUUGUUGCUGUGGUGAAUUUGCCAAUAGACAACAAUUCAAUGUGUGCCUCGGGGCACAAGUGUGACCGUCUAACGCAAAUAAAUAUCGUCAAGUAUCGUUUAACUAAGAAACAACAACAACAACUGCAACAACAACAACUGCAAAGAAAACAAAGAGAAUUCCAAAUUAGGCAUUGAAAAGGAAUUAAAAAAGAAAAGAAAAAAUACUCAAACGUGCGUGUCAGCCGCUGCGAGAGCGUGUGACUGUCGGGAGAGCGUCGGGAGAGCGUGACGCGUUGAAUUCACCACGAUUUGUUUUCUCCUCGUUGACGGGCAGCAGCAGUUCGAAUAAAAAAAACUUUCACUCUCGGCACAACGUGGCGGCGGGCGGUGCGAAAGCAUCGAGCAGGAAGCGCAUAAAGUGACACACAAACACACACAUACACACACACACACACAUAGAACACUCACACACACACACACACACAGACGGAACACUUAACACUGAACACAGAUAGCAAGCCAGUUAAAGAAAGCCCACAGUAAGCAAACUAAACAACGAGCAGCAGCAAAACUUUUGCAUGCCAGCAGCUGACUGCUGCAGGAAGCGUGCCACAGGACACGGGACGGCAGGACAGCCGCAGCGGCAGCAGAACGGGACAGUGGCGGACAGUCCGGCAGCGACUGCCUCGCCUGACUGCCUGUCAGAGCCAUUGAAUAGGCCUCUUCAGCGCGAACACUGGCACAGGAUACAGGCCAAGCACACACGCAACGCAAUUUAAAUGUAUCCUUAGAAUUUCAAACAGCACCAGCACCCCAACAGUGUAAUGCGCCUUGGGGGUAGUGGUAUACCAUACGACGGCGACCCCCUGACAAUGAGCGCAGCUGGCAAUGACUAUGCCGAAUUAUGCGAUCUUGGACCAUCACGUUGGAGUGCACGCGCCUAUGGAUAUCAUGCAACACAAGCAGCAAACGCAUCCGGCCUUGGAAUUGGCGGCAUUGGUGUACCGGGCGCCACACAAUCAUCAUCGAGCGUGCCGACGGGCGGCUCAUCGGGCCUCAGCGCUCAUCAUUUGCGGAGCAGCGCAGCGCAGCCAAACAGUUACGAGGCGGAGGACAUUGGUCUGGCCUUUGGCAUGAUCAGUCCGCCGCCAGGCAGCGCCGGACACGCGGCCCAUUACGGCCCCGGCCCCGGCGCUGGCUCCCGUGUGGGCAACAGCACCAGUUCGCUGCGUGCCGGCGGCGGUGCCGGAGGCGGCAGUGGUGGUCGCUCCGGCCUCUACUAUUCGCCGCCGGGCACAUCCUACACGAUCAUUGAGCGUCCCCAUUCGCCGCACUACUACUACAAUUCGGCUGGUGUGCCGACCAAGGGCGGCUCGCUGCCGGGUCGCGGCUCAGCGUAUCUCAGCUCCUCGCCCUCGAGCCACAUGGCCGCCGGCACCGCCGGCACGCUGCCCACAUCGACGGCGGCGAGCGGUCGCCACUCGGCCUCGGCCAUGGGCAAUGGCAACAAGAAGCGGCCCAUUUCCCCGGAGCAGGUGCUGCGCAUGUUCGGUGCCACGCAGUCGUCUUCAGUUCCUACGAGUAGCUAUCACUAUAGCAACGGCGGCACCCGGGAUCGGGAUCGCACCGGGCGACGCAGCCCGGCCAGCAGUCCGCCCUCGACAACGCAUCAGAUCUAUCGGGAUCGUGAACGAGAUCGGGAUCGCAGUGUGCCCAACAUACAUGAACUUACCACGCGCACUGUUUCCAUGUCGCGCGAUCAGCAAGUGGAUCACGGCUUUGGCAUUUGCGUUAAGGGAGGCAAAGACUCAGGCUUAGGUGUUUACAUCUCACGCAUCGAGGAGAAUUCGGUGGCGGAACGCGCCGGCCUGCGACCCGGUGAUACAAUCCUAGAGGUGAACGGCACGCCAUUCACCUCAAUCAAUCACGAGGAGGCGCUUAAGAGAUGUGUGCAGAUAUUGAAAUCGUCACGUCAAAUCAGUAUGACGGUGCGAGCGCCGCCCACGCUGAACUCAACGGCGCCGCUGCACGGUUUUGGUCCACCCUCGCGGGAUCCCAUGUACGCAUCGAUGGCCCCCCUAUUACCCCAAUCGGCAGCCGCCCAGGCAGCAGCCGCCGGCGGCGGAGGCGGAUCGGGUCUGCCCUUUCGUCAGACCUGCUCCUGGAUGGAUCGACACGGUCGUCCGGCCUCGCCGCCCAUGGAGUACGGCGGCAGACGAAACGAUCGAAGAGAUCGGGUACGUCGCGUGGAACUGCUCAUUGAGCCGGGCCAAUCGCUGGGCCUGAUGAUACGCGGCGGCGUGGAGUACGGUCUGGGCAUCUUUGUGACGGGCGUUGACAAGGAUAGCGUCGCAGAUCGUGCCGGCCUCAUGAUCGGCGACGAAAUCCUGGAGGUCAAUGAUCAGUCGUUCCUCGAUGUGACGCACGACGAGGCCGUCAGCCAGCUGAAAUACCAUAAGCGCAUGUCGCUGCUGAUACGUGACGUGGGCAAGGUACCGCACUCCUGCACAUCCAUCGAAAUGGAGCCCUGGGAUGCGUACAGUCCAACGGGCACGAGAGCACGCCGAAAAGGUCAGAUUGCGACCAUGGUGGAGGAGAAGGCGCGCUCACUGCUGCCACGACAUCAUUUUGCAAGUCUUUCAUAUUAUAUAGCCGAAUAUAGUGUGAAAGCAAUGACCAUAGAUGCCUUUGUUGCCGUCUUAUUAGAGAUGUUAGAUACGUACGAAAAGCACACGCUCGUGACGGAAAUUCGAGAGCUCGUCUUUCCGGAGGAUCGUACACGUUACGAUGAGCUAGUGUAUCGCCGUGAGCGCGAUCCAUAUAGCGUGGAUAGGCAUAGGCGUAAAGGAGACCCCGCACGUGAUUUGCCGGUAACAGCCGACGACAUGGAAGUAAGCGCCGCAACUGGACGCAGUCCCUCGUCGGACUCGGGGCUGGGCGGCAUGACCGUAACGGAUAUACAUAAACGACCCGCACUGCAGUUGCCCUAUCGGCCCAUGUCGGCGGGACCAGUGUUGCAUCGAUCACAGCAUUAUCAGCCAGCCACAGCCACAUCACAUGCAGCUAGCAACCAAUCACCAUCACCAACGCCACCUUCACUACAACAACAACAACAACAACAUUAUCCACAUCAUACCUCAUUGCGUCAUCUGGGCGGCGUUGGAAGUGCGCGUCAUCAUCAUCAACAUUUGGGACCAAAUCAAUUUAAAGUCAAGCAAGCCAAAGACAAUCAGCAACAGGAAUACGGCUGUGAUGAGCAUAGAACUCGACGGGGCAGCGAAACCCUAUUACCGGAAUAUGAUCAAGAUGCGGUGAGUAAGACAUAGAGUUUUCUUCCGGCAGGUAAAGGGGCUCACUCUCUCC